GGACACGUCCCUUGGGUGUGCGACUUCAGCCUUGCAGACACAAGGACUCAGAUUGAUUUCAGGAUUCAAAACAGGAAGAGGUCUCUGGAUGGCAGACUCUGAAAAGAAAUGCUGUUUUAAGAGACACCAAAGAUGCUAACAAGGAAGAUUAAGCUUUGGGACAUUAAUGCCCAUAUAACCUGUCGUCUGUGCAAUGGAUACCUGAUUGAUGCUACUACUGUAACAGAAUGCUUGCAUACUUUCUGUAGAAGCUGCCUAGUGAAAUAUUUGGAGGAAAACAACACCUGUCCAACGUGUAGGAUUGUUAUACAUCAGAGCCACCCAUUACAGUAUAUUGGUCAUGACAGGACAAUGCAAGAUAUUGUUUACAAACUUGUGCCAGGCCUCCAAGAAGCGGAAAUGAAAAAGCAAAGGGAAUUUUAUCACAAGCUGGGCAUGGAAGUUCCAGGAGACAUCAAAGGGGAGACAUGUUCUACAAAACAGCACCUAGAUUCUCAUCGAAAUGGUGAAACUAAAGCAGAUGAAAAUAUAAAUAAAGAAACUUCGGAAGAAAAGCAGGAAGAAGAUAAUGACUACCACCGAAGUGAUGAACAGGUAAGCAUUUGCUUGGAGUGCAAUAGCAGCAAACUGCGUGGAUUGAAACGAAAAUGGAUUCGUUGCUCUGCACAAGCAACAGUCUUGCAUCUAAAGAAGUUCAUUGCCAAAAAGCUCAACCUUUCUUCUUUUAAUGAGCUGGAUAUAUUAUGCAACGAAGAGAUUCUUGGCAAGGACCACACGCUCAAGUUUGUAGUUGUUACUAGAUGGAGAUUUAAGAAAGCACCUCUACUGCUACAUUAUAGACCCAAAAUGGACUUGCUGUAAGGGAACUUUAUUGUCCUUCUGGACAGAGCUUUUUGCAGAGACUAUCAUCUGGCACCUUCUUAGUGCAUCACUAAUCACAUGACACAAACCAGCUGAAUAAUUUUGGAAGACUGGAGGGCUUUCACAGUGGACUGUCCUGAAUAUUUCUUCUAGGGAUGUGUUACCUAGACUUCUGGGCAAACAAUAUUUAUACUUUUUUUGUAUGGAAGAAAGAAGUUUCAACUCAGCAAGACACUACCAGCAUUAAGUUUACAGAUACUGAAAACACUUCACAGUUCCAUGUAGCUCAGCCUGAUUUGUCUCUUACAGUUAC